CCCGCAUCCCCCUUCCUCCCCCUCCCUCCCUCUCUCCAUAUCCACCUUUCCCCCUCUCUUUUUCCCCUCUCUCCCCCCUCCCCCAUUCCCCCUCUCCCUCCCCGCCGGAAUGUCUUCCUCCGUCGCUGCGCCCAAGGGCAAGACCCUCGCCAAGGGCAAGGGUACUUUCGCCAAGGGCAAGACCAACCCCCUUGCUAAGGCGGCUGGCAAGCCUCGCAAGCCCCAGGAUACCAAGGACAUCUGGGUGUUCAAGACCCAGGAGCGCGAGGAUCCCGAUGCCAAGAAGCCCGCCGAGCCGGCGGAGAUCCUCUCGCGCCAGGAGCGCAAGGAGAUCACCCGCCAGCGUCGCCUGGCCCGUGCCAACGGCGAGCUCAUCCAGCAGCUCAAGAAGAAGUGGGAGCAGAUUCGCAUGAAGCACCUGUCGGCCGAGGAGCGUCGGCCCCUGCUCGCCGAGGCCAUGGGGCUCAUUCGCGAUGAUUGCGUCUCCCUCGUCCUGAAGCACGAUGCCUCGCGUAUUGUGCAGACCUGCGUCAAGUACGGCUCGCGCGCCGAGCGCGACGAGAUCUGCUCCCUGCUGAAGGGCAACUUCGUCCUGCUGGCCGCCUCCCCCUAUGCCUCCAAGCUGAUUGACCGGCUGCUGGCCCUGGCUCCCUCCUCGCGCCCGGUCAUCAUCGGCGAGCUCACCGGCCAUGUCACCAAGAUGCUCACCCGUGAGCGCCCCGCCGCCAUCGUCGACACCAUCUACUCGCUGUAUGCCCGUGUUGCCGACAAGAACCAGAUGCGCUGCGAGUUCUACGGCCGCGAGUUCGCCCUCUUCAAGUCCGACACGCCCAAGUCGCUGGCCGACAUCCUGGCCGAGGUGCCGCAGAAGCGCGAGGCCAUCCUCAAGUCGCUGCGCACCAACAUCACGCGCAUCCUCAACAAGAACACCUGUCGCUUCGAGAUUGUCCACGAUGCGGCGCACUCGCUGCUCUUCGAGCUGGAGCCGGCCCAGCGCCUGGAGUUCAUGGAGGAGCUCCAGGACCAGAUCCCCAACUUCGUGCACACCCCCAAGGGCGCGGAGAUUUGCAUGGAGAUCAUUGCCGCCGCCACGGCCGCCAAGCGCAAGGCGAUCAUCCGCUCCUUCAAGGACUUCGUCUAUGGCAUUGCCGAGAACCGCUAUGGCUGGAUGGUCCUUGUCCGCCUGCUGGAGAGUGUCGAUGACACCAAGCUCCUGAACACCGGUAUCCUGAACGAGCUCCUCAAGGACCCGAAGAAUGUUCUCUGCCACAGCUACGCGCGCCGGCCGAUCCUCGGUCUUCUGCGCAAGCGUCCGGCCCGUUACUUCGACACGCGUGUCAUCAAGCUCCUGGAGCAGACUGAUGUCACGUCGGCGGUCACUUCCAAGAAGGACUUCGACCGGCGCCAGGGCGAGCUCCGCGCCAUGGUGUCCCCGGUGUUGGUGUCCUUCGCGGCGGAGAAUGCCAGCAUCCUGCUGCGCAGUACCUUCGGGUCGGAGGUUUUCGCGGAGAUCAUCCUGCACGCGGACAACCCCGGGCCCGUGGUCGAGCAGCUGGUGGCCCUGAUCCGCGCGCAGCCGGUCGCCCCGGCGGCCGACGCCAGCCCCAUCGAGCUGCAGCAGCAUCUGAUGUCCAGUCCGCUGGUCACUCGCACCCUCAAGCGCAUCAUCAAUGAGGAGGCCACCGCCGAGGGCGAGGCGCACCUGUCGGCCCCGCUGCUGGAUGCGGUGAAGGACCGGAUGGUGGAGUACGCCGACACCGUGGGGUCCUUCGUGGUGCUGGCUCUGCUGGAGUCGCCGGUGACGGCGGAGGCCGCGCAUGCGGCUCUCAAGCCGCACUUGGCCGCGGUGGAGGCCCUCGAGUCGAAGGGCGCUCCGCUGAUUGCCUCGCGCCUGAAGCAGGGCCCGAGCAAGCUGACCGAGCGCGUGGGCCAGGAGACCACCGAGGCCGCUGCCGAGGGCACCGCCCGGUCGCAGCUGCUGAAGCGCCGCAAGCGUGAUCUGCUGAGCAUCCCCGACUCCACCAUCGGUGAGCUGAAGUACCGGGCCCUGCUGAAGGGCGACGCCGAUGCGGCCGAGGCGGCCACCGCGCUGCUGAAGCAGACUGCCAAGGAUGCCACCACCCCGGCCGAUGCCGAGGCCGCGGAGGAGGAGGAUGCCGAAGACGUUGAGAUGGCUUCUGGCGACGACGACGACGACGACAGCGAUGAUGAUGACGGUGACGACGACGACGACGAUGGCAACGAUGACGAUGACGACGAUGAGGAGGAUGCCGACAGCGACGAGAAUGACGAUGAGGAGGAUGAGGAUCUCCCCACCGCCGAGGACACCACCCCCCGGAAGAAGAUCCGCCUCCCCCGGCCGUCGACCCCCCGGUCGUCCAUCCGCCGUGGUACGGUCAUCCCCGCGCCCCUUGAUGACGACGCCACGCCGAUCAACCUGGACGAGUUUGUCACCCCGAUGAGCGCCCCGCCGCGGUCCUUCCAGCUGGCUGGUGUCGAGUCGCGCAAUGCCUCCCCGGUGCCCAAGAAGAAGGCCAGCCUUCAGUCGCAUCAGCUGGCCGAUGCCCCGGCUCGGGGCCGGUUUGCUGGUGGUGACGUCGAGCCCAAGACCCUCUUUGCCGAUGCCAGCGAGGUGAAGGCCGCCAAGACCCGCGCCAAGCGGAAGUGAGCGCGCAUCCCCCCCCCCCCCCCCCUCUCUGCUCCUCGCUCUUCCCCUUCCCUCUCCUCCUCCCCUGGUGGCAGAGGGAGGCCGGGCUGCUGAAGGACAGGACCGGGCCGGGGUGGUGGCAGUGUCACUGGUGUCUGCCGCCACUCUCGGAUGUUCUCGCGGUCUUCCCUCGGGGCUUGCCCUUUCCCUUGGCCUCUUUCUUUCGCGCCAACUCGCAUGCUCAUGCCUCUCCCCCGCUCUUUGCGCCGAAGGAAUGGCAAAACCAGCUGUGGUGGUGGCGAAACUUGGCCUCCAGGGGACAGGCGCGCCUCGUGAGGCCGAUCCGGGAGGAGGGAAGGGCAUGCGGGCGCGCGAGAGAAAGGGAGAGAGAGAGAGAGAGAAAGAAAGAAAGAAAGAAAACAGUCCCCCGGGCGAUGCAGAGGCGCUCCAUGCUCGGCACUGCUGCAGCCCCUUCCUUUUCCUUCGGGCACCUGUCCUCCCCCUCUCUCCGCCUCUGCCGCCCAGUCGCCUUGCUUUUGGCGCGUGCGCUCAUGUGUGUCUAAGUAAUCGCUUCCCAAUUGAAUGCGCGUGUCCCGCGGGGAACUCCGCGUGAGGCGAACUGACGUUGGCAUCGAUGCCAUCAUGUCGACUCUUGCGCUGCGGUUGCUGUUGCUGUUACUUUUCUGCUGCUACCCUUCCCACCCUUCCUUCCCCCUCCUCCCCCCACCCAGACCAGCCUGGGCUAGAGUUGGGUGCUUGUGCAAGCAGGCGCCCUGUUUUCCUCCUCCCGUGCGCAUGUGCACGCUUCCCUCUCUCCCUCUCUCUCUCUC